AUGUGUUUUUUAUUUUCAUUUGACGUUGUUUUCAAUCGGUGAAAUGCAGCCAGUACGGUUAGAGAGCACUGCUCCCCCUCCCCCGCUUCCCACAGACACCAUUGCACAGAAAGGGAGAGAGGGAGGGGGAAGGAGAGAGAGGAGAGGGAGAGAGAGCGAUAGUCAGCACCCGUGAGAGGGGAACAAGAUUCAGCCGCGCGGAGAGAGAAGAGAAAAAAGCAGUAGCCAAACGAACAAAGGAAACAUGGAUGUAACGGAAAAACGCUAUUUAAAACAAGCAUAUGUACCGGGGAGGAUGUUUUGGUCGUCCUGCACAUAGUAGGGGGUAACUCAAGGACUCUUCCCCCCGUUUUUAAUGUUGCGCGUGGGGACGCAUGGAAAGCUUUCUCUAAUCCGUCUGCGGAUCCUGCCUGCUUGCAAUGGCUGUGGCGGUGCGAUGCUGUUACAGCAUAACUCAGAAUGUGCCUUUUACUUUUUAUUUGGUGAUUUUUGUACUCAGUGGCCUUACAAAUGCACAAAUACGAUACACCAUUCCGGAGGAGCUAGAGAAUGGGGCUGUGGUCGGCGACAUUGUUCGCGAUUUGGGUCUGGACCUGCAAAAGCUCUCCUCCCGACGCGUCAGAAUCACCUCGGACAGCGCACGGAGAUAUUUCAACAUAAAUCAUAAAAACGGCAAGCUGUCGGUAAGUGACCGCAUCGACCGGGAGACGCUGUGUGAAUUCAGUGGCACCUGUUUGCUCAACCUAGAAGUGGGGGUUGAGAACCCGCUCGAGGUGCAUAAUGUGGAGGUGGAGAUUCUGGAUGCGAAUGACAACUCGCCACAGUUCCCCCGGGACGAGUACCAGCUGGAAAUCUCAGAGUCCGCCAUAACUGGGUCCCGGUUCCCCAUCGAGGGCGCGCAGGAUGCAGACGAAGGCUCCAACUCAGUUCGCCUCUACCGGCUCAGCAACAAUGAGCACCUCGCGCUGGACUCCAACAAGCCCGCGACAAAUAGCAAGAACAUCCAGCUCGUGCUCAAAAAGCCAUUUGACCGUGAGCUUACACCAUCUCAUCAGUUGAUACUGACUGCUGUCGAUGGAGGCACUCCGGCGCGCACAGGUACAGCAAAAAUCAACGUGCGUGUCCUGGAUUCCAACGACAACGUGCCUGUGUUCGACAACUCCGUAUACAAAGUGAAACUUUCGGAGAACUCGCCCAAGGGCGCUCUAGUGAUAAAGUUAAACGCCACAGACCGGGAUGAAGGCACAAACGGGGAGGUGUUUUACUCUUUUAGCAGUUACACCCCAGAGAGGGUGAGACAAAUGUUCUCCAUGGACACAGAUACAGGAGAGAUCAGAGUGAAGAAAAACAUAGACUAUGAGGAGACUAACUCCUAUGAGAUGUACAUACAAGCUAUGGACAGAGGUCCCUCUGCAGUGGUAGUCCACUGUAAAGUGGUGGUGGAGGUUUUGGAUGUGAAUGACAACAUUCCUGAAAUCGUGCUGUCAUCUCUUUCCAGCCCGGUCCGGGAGGAUGCCCGGGCUGACACCGUUGUGGCUCUGAUCAGUCUUAACGACCGGGACUCCGCCCAGAACAAACAGGUGACCCUGGAGAUCCAACCUGGUGUCCCUUUUAAGAUCAAGUCCUUCCGGAACCACUACACCUUGGUCACCGCUGCAUUCCUGGACCGAGAGACCAUCUCCACCUACAACGUCACAGUAACCGCCAUCGAUGGGGGAACCCCAGCCCUGUCUUCACACAUGUCCAUUAAAGUUGACGUGGCCGAUGUCAAUGACAACCCUCCCCGCUUCGAACAGACUUCCUACACAGUGUACAUGACGGAGAAUAAUGCACCUGGCGCAUCGAUGUGCGUUGUAAAGGCAAUGGAUGCAGACGCUGGGGAGAACGCUCGCAUCACCUACACCGUCCUCAAUGACAACAACCACGGCAUCCCUGUGGCGAGCUACGUCAGCAUCAAACCCGACACGGGAGAGGCCUAUGCCCUGCGAGCCUUCGACUUUGAGAAGCUCAGAGAGUUCCACUUCCAGGUGAAAGCCCAGGAUGGUGGCGUGCCGCCCCUCAGCCGCGUAGCAACAGUCUACGUUUACAUUAUGGACCAGAACGACCACUCCCCCAGGGUAGUCCAUCCUCCAGCCAAUGGGACGCGGACCACCGAGACACUGAUGAAGAAUGCAGAGGCGGGGGCUCUGGUGACCAAGGUGGUGGCGUGGGACGGGGACGCAGGUCAGAACGCCUGGCUGGUGUACGCCCUGGAGCAGACCACCUCCGAGCUGGACCUGUUUAAAGUCCACGAGCACACGGGGGAGAUCCGCACCAUGCGGCGUGUCAGCGAGGACAACUCCACCUCUUUCCUGCUGACCGUUCUGGUCCGUGACCAUGGCCUCCCGCCGCUUUCCUCCACCGCCACCAUCAAUGUGCACGUCAUGGAGCUGCCACCCAAGCUGACCCCUGACCCCAAACGCAUCAUCAGGCCUCACAGCCCGCUGCUGUUCUCCAACGUAACCCUCUACCUGAUCGUGGCCCUGAGCGCCACCACCUUUGUGUUCCUUGUCACCAUUGUGGUGCUGGCCAUCGUCCGCUGCCACGCCUACUGCACCCAGCCCGGUUCCUGCUCGCCCUGCUGUGUGUCCCAAAAGAGUGUCCCUGAGGGUGGCACCUCGGCUGGUGGGGGUGGAGGGUCAUUGGGUCGAGGUGGAGGUGGUGGGGGAGUUGGAGGAGGUCAGGGUCAACCCAACAACAACGUUGCUCUGCGAAGGGACCUGAAGGUUGAACCUCACUACAUCGAGGUGCGGGGGAACGGCUCCAUGACCAAAACGUACUGCUAUAAGACAUGUAUGACGGCCACGUCGGGGAGCGACACCUUCAUGUUCUAUAACACGGGCCGGCCCCACAGCGGCACCUGGAGCUCCGGGGGAUACGUCACCAGCCAGAGUGGACAGAGCCAGAUGUUUGUACGCAGGCUGAGCAUGCCAGAUGCAACCGCCAUACAGCCCAAGGUGCCGAAUUCAGACUGGCGUUACUCUGCCUCACUUAGGACUGGGAUGCAGAGCUCAGUGCACAUGGAGGAGUCGUCGGUGAUGCAGGGAGCCCAGGGGGUUCUGGUCCAGAACUGGCCGACCGUGUCUAGCGCCACCGGAGAUGCUGAGGGUGGAGAGACAUCCCCGCCCAUGGGAGCCGGAGUGGAUAGUAACAGCUGGCACUUCCGUUACGGUGCAGGCGGUCCCGGUGGGCCCCCCCAGCACCUGAAGCCUGGCGAGGUCCCCCCCGAAGCCUUUAUCAUCCCCGGAUCCCCCGCAAUCAUCUCAAUCCGCCAGCAGGGAGGAGAGGACGACAAGAGCGACUUCAUCACUUUUGGAAAGAAGGAGGAGGCCAAGAAGAAGAAGAAGAAGAAGAAGGAGAAGAAGGAUAAGAAGGAUAAGGGGAAGGAUGAUGACGAGUAGCGGAGGAGGAGGACGAGGAAGAGAAGGAAAGGGAGCUGUUAAAACAGAGGUACCAACCAAAGUCCACCUGGUAACAAAAAUACAAGUAUUUGAGACAACAGGUGAAAAGAGAGAUCCCCAGUUCAACUUCAUCAUCUCUGGCUCAGUAACACAGACAGGCAGACAAAGUCACACUGCCGUCCUCUGCUCAAUACCCACCCCUGGAACAAAGAUAAUAGCCCAGGUCUUUCUAACUCUCUCUGAUAAUAAUCUGGCCUUACCAAGAUUACUGUAGUUUAACGUCUCCUCCAAAUCCCUGUCUUGGGUAAUUGCUUAAUAAUCAUGCCUUGAUGAGACAAAAAUGUAUUGAUGCAUUUUCCUCCAUGCCCCCUGGUGCCUGCCUAUACACCCUGAGCCAAAUAAUACUCUUCUCAGCAAGGGGACAAGAGCUACUGUCUCCCCUUGCCCUCUGCUUUUCACCUUCUCUCCCACGGAUACGUUGGCACCUCGGUCUUACCCUUUCCCACCAUGUUGUAGAAUCUCUUUUCUUUGAAAGGAAAAGAAAAUCUGAGGAUGAGAAGAAAACAGCUCUGUGCCAGCCUCGGAAAAAGAACAAAAAAAGCAAAUGUCAAGAAGAAGAAAAGAAAGUAACUCGAAGACACAGACAGCGCUAGAUGUUUAGAGCUGGACACUCACACUUGUAAAUAGCACAGGAGAGAGUUCGCUAAAGCUGAGGCUAAAGGCUAACAUGACACUGCUGCUGCAGCUUCCUAUCGCGUUCUCUAUCUGUCAGUGUUCCCUGAGCCGGCAAGGAAAACAUGGCUGUCAAUGAUACACACAUACACGUUGACACACACACACACACACACUCACAAACAUGGACACUGAGAACACCUGAGACCUGGAGAGAGGUACAAAAUCUAGGAGCUGCCAACAAACCACAGCGAACAAAUAACAAUAUGUUUAAUACAAAACGCAAGCUUUUCCCCCAGCAGUACAGUCUCCUUAGCAGUACAGUCUCCUUAGCAGUACAGUCUCCUUAGCAGUACAGUCUCCUUAGCAGUACAGUCUCCUUAGCAGUACAGUCUCCUUAGCAGUACAGUCUCCUUAGCAGUACAGUCUCCUUAGCAGUACAGUCUCCUUAGCAGUACAGUCUCCUUAGCAGUACAGUCUCCUUAGCAGUACAGUCUCCUUAGCAGUACAGUCUCCUUAGCAGUACAGUCUCCUUAGCAGUACAGUCUCCUUAGCAGUACACACGUGUACUGUAGAUCUAGCGUCUCAGUAUCGACACAGCUGCAUCCCCUGCAAUAACUCCUGGUUGGUCUGCUCAAUACUCUAUUCUGGGACAAUGAGAUCUCUCUCUCUCUCUCUCUCUCAAAGCAGCCAACAGCUUAAUGAAAUCCCUCUCAGACAACAGCUCAAUGAGAUCCCUCUCUCUCAAAACAGCCAACAGCUCAAUGAGAUCCCUCUCUCUCAAAACAGCCAACAGCUCAAGGAGAUCCCUCUCUGUCAAAGCAGCCAACAGCUCAAUGAGAUCCCUCUCUCUCAAAAGGAGCCAACAGCUCAAUGCGAAGACAGAGAAAGAGGGAAUGAGAGAAAGGAGGAACACUUCAGAUUAUCUUGAGAACGAAAGAGACGAGUCCAGCUGAGUUGGCCUGUGAUCCAGCUUGUUGAUCAGGGCUCAGUUGGAACCUUGUAGAAUAGCAGGAGUGUCUCUAGCUAAAGAUGAUCUCUCCCCUGCCACUCAGCAAAAGCCUGAUGCUUUCUGCUCUGAAUGUUUGGUAGCAACCAUCCUUUACCUGAUACCCAACCUGAUCUCUAUCCUCCCCACUCCCCUGAGCUUUCCACCCUCAACCCCACACCACCCCUCCCUUACCCCAACCACAGACUGCUUCUUCACGUGAUGAUGAUGAUGAUGACAUUUGUGAAUCUUUUUCUCUUUUUAUUUGUUCUUGGAGAAGAGCCACGAUUUCCUUCUCUGUUUUGUUAGCUUUAACUGAUCUGCAGUGCUUCUUCUUGUCCCCCCCUGCCCUUCAUCUCUCUCUUUUUCUGGCCAUAGACCCCCCCUCUAACCCCCUGUUCAUUCAGGGUGAACUGGGAAGGCCUACUCUGAACCUUGUGGUGUGCUGGGAUCAGUAAUAUGUGUGAGGCCUGUAGAACCCAGUCGGUGCCGGUGGUCCAGUACUCUGUUAGCCAAUGUCAGAUGCCUCUAAGUGCAAAACGGUUGAGUGCUUUUAACUUGUGAAUACUACGCUGUUCAUUCCUGUUUGUGGUCACUGGCGAGAGGGGACGAGGUGGGAUGGGGACAGGGAUGGAGGUCUGGGGCAUGGUGCUGAGGGCUAUCCCUGUCCUCCAUGUUCCUGGGUAAACAUAUAUGAAAACAGUAGGUCACCCAUUGGCGUUUAUGUACACGAUAAAUGUAGAUUUAGACUUUUCAUACAUGGACUUUGCAUUAAUAAAUGCGAUGUGUAACCUGAUUAUUACAUUAUUAAUGACUAAAUACGAGCAUCUAAGGAUUCCUACCCCACAGCUCUAUCCCAUCAAUCCUCUUUCAGGAGGUUUUGUGAAGGGGCGGAGACAUGGUUCAGCCCUGCUUCUAUUGGUUCCUCCUUCCCUUGCCUGUAAGUUGUUGCCACACCCCCCCAAGUUCUGCAGCUCAGUAUGACUUCACUCCACUAAAGUGGCUGCUGCAUGUAAGUCCCAAAGGAAACAUAGUAUAUAGAGAAAUAUAUAUAUAUAGAAAUAGAUGGUUAUGGUUUUAUUAUUUUGUAUUAUCAUUUUACUUCAUGACUCGCAAAGGAGAUAUUUGUGUGUACCGUCUCUACCAUGCAUCUUGUGCAUAUAACAUCCUACACAAUCCACAGUGGUGUUAUACGUUAACUUAACCUCUUAGAUAUUUGUAAAUGCUAUAGUGUGAUGGCCUUGAAUGCAGCUCUGUUCAUUUUGUUUUACCAAAAUAUAAUUUUCGUUUUUGAGAACAAGCAAAGAAAAGGAACAACAAAAAAAAUAUUAAAAAAUAUAAUAAUAAUACGUUUUGUGUCCAGCUUUGACAUGAUGCUCUACCUAACACUAAUAUUGUAAUUGAAAUAUGUAUGAUCCUGUGAUGAGCUAUAUUUUCCCUUCCACCCCCUUUCAACAGAUAAAAUGUUAAAAAAAUGACAGAAAAAAAAAAGUCCAAUGUAAAAAUGGUAUAUGUAGUGUAUGCUUGUGUUUAGUGAGCGUUCACGCUGUCAUUCUUUAUUCAGAGUACGGUGGUGAACAAUGGUGGUGCUGUCCUGGUCUGCUGGGCAGUACUGAUCUGUUGUAAAACCUUUUUUUGUACACCUGCUCAUCUACUAUGACUGUAAAAUUGUGAAAUUGCAUUUCUUUCCGUUUUUUUAUUUGCCCUAAAUGGAUACAGUGGUAAUGUGUUUUGUUUAUAAAUCACUCAAUAAAGUUUUCUUUCAUAAAAAUGAGA